UUUCUUUAAAAAACUUCUCUCAAUGAGGGCCUAUUUUAGUUCAUUACGCCCCCACCCCACGUCGAAGCGUUGCUCAUUUCUUUAAAAGAACCUUUUCCAGGGGGCUUAAUUGAGUUUAUUAAUCCCCUCCCCCGAGUCCGCCACGUCCCAUGUGCCACGAGGCCCAAGGAGGAUAGAUGCUCGGUGCCCCAUCCGAGGCUGACUGGAAGUGAAAGAAAAUAAGUGGGGGGUGGGGGAAGGGGAAGCUGAUUUCAAACUAAAUCUCUGGAGUUUGAGAGUGCAACACCCUUAUAAAUCUUCUUUGCUAUUUUUCAGAACUAAGGAAUGGCGAGGAAAUCAUUCCAGUGUCUGCGGGGCGUGAAUCUGAGAGGUCAGCCAUCUUCCCUCUUGGCAAGCCCGAGAACAACUUUACGAUUGAAGUCAGAGUGAAAAUCAUGGACAAAUACCUAGGAACCGCUGAGACCCGGUUUAAAGUGACUGUUCUAGAACCAAAAUCAGUUGAUUACGAUCAAGUGUUCGGAGACAUGCAGAGUGCGUCUGGGGACGAAGCAGGAGAUCAGAAGGCAUUCCAGUUGGCAGGAGCCGCCAGUUCUGUGUUAAACGCUAAAGUGGGCAAGGGAGGAAAUGACAGCGCGGCCGCGGAGGAGAGAGCAGCGGUGCGUACUGUUGAUAAUACAAGAAAAAACGCUUGCGGUCUCGUCUGUUGAAGGGCUAUGUUGUUCGCUUGCCGUUAUAAAUCAAAAUCGGUGAAAAUCCCUUUAGAAAGUCUUUGGAGAGGGAGGUGCACGUGGGGAAUGAAUCCAUCCUUUCAAGAGCCCCAUUCAUGGGUUCGUAAUAAUGUCACUUGCUUCAUUUGUUUUGCGAAUAAGACUAGUAUUAGCCUGUUCCAGGCUCUCGGUCAGUGUGGACGAUCGACGAGCGACGAGCAGCAGGGUCUGGUCCUCCUUUUCGAUCGUCCCCACUGACCGAGAGCCUGGUGCCAACAAUAAUCACUGUGUUCACAAAACACUCAGUUUUUCUCUGCAUAUCUGUGUUUUCAGUUUCGUGGUAAAGUAGCCGGGCAGCUGAGCAAGCUUCCUGUGGCAGAUUUUGACGGCGUGGCAAUGAAAGGUGAAGUGCUCAACUCACUGACACAAGCAACUGAUGAAGUUGACGAGGAUGCUCAGGUAAAAACGUUAACUUCAGUUUUUUCUUUUUUGGGAUAGAAGUACGGUAAACUUUAAACUAGAAGACAUGCACUGCCUCAAAAUAAUAAGUCGCUCAGGUGUAAAAAAGAGAAAAGAGGUGAUAAGUCAAAACGUAACGUGCGUGGUUAAUGGUGUUAAAGAGUACGAUUUGGAAAAUAGGGAGUGACCCAUCAUAUACCGAUUUGUACGUUCUCAUUCUUUACCCUCUUACAAAAAUGGGUCGGUUAGCAGUUCUCGUAAGGUCUCACAUAAAUGGCUUGAUACUCUUUGAGAGGGUAAUAGAACAAACAACAGAAACAAUGCCCCCUAGUCCCAAAACUACACCAUGACCAAGCAAAAGAAUUACAAACUUACAAGAGCUGCAGCUCUUCCGACAAAAAUGCGUCAGUCGUGUCAUAUGGAGGUGACUAGUGUCUUCCUGUAGCGGCAUGUGUAUAGUAUUUUGGCACGUCUCGUGGCCAAGAAAGAACCACAAGCUGAUACGUUUGCACGUGUUUUUGACAGAACGCCACAGUGAGCGCGUUAGAUGAAAUGGGUGACUUCCUGUCCGGUAGCGACAGUGCACGUGACGUGGAGAAUGUAGCGAAGAGCCUGGGUUCUGCUAUUGGCAAUGUCGUCGGAGCCUCGAUUGACUCGUAUCAAAAAGCCGCGAAUGGAACUUCCGCUGGAGAUCCGAGUAAAAGUCGUAACAACACCAAGAACGCCCUCGGUGUAGUGGACAAGGUUAGCGGUGCCCUUCUAAAGCAAUUAGCGGCUGGUGACAAACCAAAAUCAAUAUCCUCACCAAAUUUGGACUUGUCUGUCGGAAGAAAGACUCUGGACAGCAUCAGCGGUGAGGACGAUGAUGAAGAUGCCGAGGAAGGGGAGGGGAUGGGGGGAGUCAAACUUCCCGACCCCAUGGCACUGUUUGGAGGAGCCAACGCCUCUGUUGAGGAAGGAGCCACUAGUGCCAUUGGUUCAACGGUCAGUACAAAAAAGAAUAAUCUUUAAAUACUAAAAAGUGUUUCAGGUUCAAGUCAAUCCGAAAUGUCAGUCUGUAUUAUAACUUCAUUGUGAUUAGUCGGUGUUUUGAUUCUUUAUGUUGGCCUGUUUUUGGAUUACUUAACACUGUCAGUAUUAGAGCCACUCCGUGGAGGUGCCACUGCUAAUUCCUGUUUAUUCAUUUACCUAUUUACUUAUUUAUCUAUUUAACGAGCUUUCAUACGACUAUUCAUGUAUUAUAUGACUGAGAAAAUUGCGAACGCACACGCGUCAAUUUUCACUGCCUUGCAAAUUAAAAAUUUACUGUAACUUGGCUUGCCCUCAGUCAAUCAAAAGAAAUUAAUUUUCACAGUCAUAUUGUUAUGAAUAUAUUUCUCAAUUUAUUAUUGUAUUUUUUUAUUUCUUGUGUCGGCGACGGUUG